AUUAUAGAAUAAUUCUUUCAAAAUUGUCAAUAUGGUGAUGCAUAGAGAGUAGUGACAGAUGAAGUGAGGGAUGUCAAAUCACAACCAGGUGUUGCUAAAUCAUAUUAACACAUUGUGCGUUAGAGUCCUCAGACUAAAGCAUUUUACUUUCAGAUGGUAUGGACUCCUGGCCAAUACUCCCCAUUCACUAGCACCCAGACAAACACAAUAGCACCAUUAAAUAUUCACAAGCAUCUCUUUGGUCUUGGAGAGAGGGGGAAUGAGUGCGACGCUAAUCAGGAGAGUGAGGGAGUUAAAGAGGGAGAGUUAGGGGAAGAGUCUUUAAGCAAAACAUACCUGGACUUAGAGAUGCCUUGAACAUGUCUCUGCAGCGGGAGUUGUGGAUGGAGAGAUUUGGAAUCACCUGAAGGACGGAAAUGGCGCAGGAAUAACUUUCUGGACUAAAAGGUGACACUCAGGUACGGUUGACUAGAUGUACUCCAUCAGGAGCAUGACCACCAUGGAUAAACCGGAGCAAAGAGAAGAGGACGGACUGGAGGAUAUGACUCAGCUACAGGAGAUGCAUGAAGGGAAUGUUCUGCUGAAUCUGAGGAAAAGGUUUGAGCGGGAGCUCAUUUAUACAUACAUUGGAAGUAUCCUGGUGUCUGUGAACCCCUACAAGAUGUUCAACAUUUAUGGGACAGACAUGGUGGCGCUUUACAAAGGUCGCGCCCUGGGAGAAAAUCCUCCGCAUUUGUUUGCCAUAGCAAAUGCUGCUUAUUCCACAAUGAUGGAUGCCAAACAAAACCAGGUCCUAAUAAUCAGGUGAGAUAUCAAAUGUUUAUAUUUUUAUGAUUAUAUACCAUAUAUGUUCCUGUGUUUAUGAAUAUUUAACUUUGAAACCUGAUCAUGAUUCUGUCUCAGGUGUUGACUUUUCUUCUCCAUUUCCUCUGAUGUACAAAAUGU